GUUUAGUGAAACUAGCUGCAUCGGAAGUUAUUUAUGACCAACGAGAAAAGCGAUUUAAAUUUCAUAUCGUCUGCAUCCUUCUGUCACAGCUUCUGCAACCGUCCUAUAGAAAAAUGAACUCCGUCGACGACCGUUUCACCGACGUUCGACAAUUAUCGUAAUUAUUUCUCUACGCGACCGUCUUCGAGUCGUUUCUUAUCAAAUUCGAUUCGAUUCGAAAUGAACAAGUUCUCCCGAUGUUCCGUGAUACCUUUGUUCCUAAGCUCUGCGCCUUCUCCGUCAAGUUGCGGCCGAAACAUUGACCGGCGGCCGCUCGUCAGCGAUCCCAGAGAGAAGAUCAAUUACGCUCGAUCGAACGUUUAAGAAUCGACGAUCGACUUAGGCGAUAUCUGCGCCGGUAUCUUCGCGAGCCGCUGGAACGUUGCGACAGGGAGCCACGCGUGUUUAUCGAGAUAUCAACGGAGACACGUAUAAGAUAUAAGGGAGGCCGACGAACGGCAGUCAGUGUCGUGCUGGAUCGUGGCUGUGAUCGUGCUGAUCCGGGGACGUGUUUAUCGACAGUUAGUGAGCCGAGGCAACAAGGGAAGCCGAAAUGCGAAUCUGGCUGCUGUUCACCUUUCUCCUGAUCGUCGCGGUGCUGGCCGGCGAGACGUUCGCGAAGAAACGGUCCAACGAUGUAGAAUCGGGAGGCAGCGAGAAGAAGAAGAGGGACGUGGCUUACUCGAAGGAAGCAGAGUCUGAAAACGGCGAGAGCAAGAAGGUGGAGUCGAAGAAGAGGAAGAGCAGCUCUUCCGAGGGCAAAGAAGCCGAGGCCAACUCCGGAGCGGACGAAGCUAAGCCUGGAAAAGAGGUGAAAUCGAAGAACAAGAAGUUGAAGGAGAAGGAGAAUGCUGACGCCAAGGGAAAGAACGGCGAAGUUGUCAAGGACAAGAAGAAGAAGUCGAGCAAAUAUACCAAGGAGACGCAGGGGGUGUAUCAGAAGGACUCCAAGAAGACCUUGAAGGAGAAGAAGACGAAGGACAAGGUGAAAGACAAGGUGAAAUCGAAGGUCGAAGAGGAGAUUACCGUGGAAGGCAAGAAAUCGAAGAAAGUGAACAUCAAGAAGGCUGGGAAGGGUGAGAAACCGAUGAAAGAAGACAAGAAGAAGCUCCAGGAGAAGAAGAAGAAGAAGGAAACGGCACCGGAAGUGGAAGAGGAGCCCGUGGAAGCUGAGGUAGAGGAGCCCAAAGCGAAGUCUCAAACGAAAAAGGAUAAAAAGAGGGCUGCUAAGAAUAAAGAAGGCAAGGACAGGAAGAAGAGAGCAGUGAAACAGGAAGUAGCGGAGGCGGAGGAAGUCGCAGGGGACGAAGAACCGGAAACACAGGAUGAGGAAGUCGACGACGUAGAGUCGCAAAGCUGCCAGAAAGUGAGCGAAGGCAAUGAAGAUGCGAAUGGCGUCCAGGAGUGCGACCAGGCGUGAUGCUCGAACAUGUGAAUACUUCAGCGUUGUGUUCGAAUAUUGUAAUCGUUCGUAUCAGUGAUGCGGAGUUAGUAUGUUUUAUGGGGCCGUUGAUCGUAACUCUUGCGAUUCCAACGAUACGAUGACACGAACAGAAAAUAUGUUUGUUUCACGCGUGAGUUGCUCAAUUCGCGUUUUCUGGACGUUCGUUAAUCAGAACGCAUUUUAUAUCAAGUCUCAUUUAUUUAAUUGCUACCCACGAGACGAGUCGUAACCACUGACUCCGACAUCGUUGCACUCCUUAUGUACAAACAAUGGGUUUACUCGAUGAUGUUGACGAAGUUCUUAGCGUUAGAAGGCUUUGGCGGAGCGGACGAUAAACGCAGCUCACACGUUAGCCCACGGAAUGUAUGCAUAUAUUACUUCGAAGAAUAAAUAUUUUUGUAAAUCAUCA